AGUUUGCGCAAAACCACUCAGAAGUCAUUUAUUUGUCUCCUCUCGCACAGCAGCGGCAGUUCCAGUAGACAUACAUCCAGCACCGCCAUCCAGAUCUACAUUUGAACUCCCCUAUAAAAGACUGAAAGAUAUGGCCGAACCCGCUCAAACCCCGCAAUACAUUUACAAAAUCGUCCCCGAGGCGCCGCCGUCGCCGCUGCCGACCGAGUUCCCCCUCUCGGACCUCGAUCGCAACGAUGGCUUUAUUCAUCUGAGUACGGCGGAGCAGGUCCUCAACACAGCAAACCUCUUCUUCUCAUCCGCCACAACCUUAUACCUCCUCAAACUCCCCUACGCGCCCCUCGCCGCCUCGGGCUCGAUGAAGUGGGAGUUCCCGCCCUCGGGCAAGUUCCCCUCCGCCUUCCCGCACCUGUACGGGCGCAACUUUGGCGCCGCCGACGUGGAGGACGCAAAGGGUUUCGAGAGGGCCGAGGGACAGGUGUGGAGUGAGGUUCUGGGUGGUGAUGAGUGGCUUGUUUGA